AUGGAUGAAGAUUUAUACGAUGAGUUUGGUAAUUUUAUAGGAGAUCCUACGGAAUUGGCGGAUUCCGAUGAUGCAUCUGAGAGUUAUGAAUCUGACGAUGAGAGGAAUGAAAACGAGAGAAUAGAGGACGAUAAUGAAAAUAGGGACUUAGUUCUUCGAGAUAAUAAUGGUCCAUUGGAUGAAGAUGUAGAUGUUUUGGUUGAAAUUGAAGAUAGAGAGCCCGAGAAACCUUUGGUUGAAGGUAGCAAUGGCAGGAGAAGAGAAGAGCACGAUAAUGCUAAUAAGAGAGCGCCUAAGGUUCUUUUCGAUAGGGAUUAUUUGAUGGACAUUUUCAAGAUACAGGAUCGUCAGCUUAAUAUUGGUGUUUUUGGGGCAUUGCACUCGGGGAAAACCUCUUUUGUUGAUAUGUUUGCGAUGGAUACUCAUCAGAAUCUUCCGUCAUUGACCAAGAAAGCUAAAGAAGGGUGGGAGCCAGCUAGAUAUUUGGAUAAUGCGACAAUAGAAAAGGAACGUGGCGUCUCCUUAAGGUUGAAUGGUAUGUCAUUUGCCUAUGAAUCCUCAAGAGGACGGACAUAUGCGGUCACUAUGUUGGAUUCUCCAGGACAUGUUAACUUCUGGGAUGAUGUGGGCAUUACUAUGAGAGCAUGUCAGUACGGUGUGAUUGUCAUUGAUGUGAUAGAGGGCAUAAACUCAAUAGUUUCAAAGUUGAUCAGAGAGCUUUCAAAAAAUGGGAUACCGUUCGUCAUAGUAUUGAAUAAAAUCGAUAGAUUAAUAUUAGACUUGAAGUUACCAGUAGUGGAUGCAUAUCAUAAAUUACAGCAUACGGUGGAUGAAAUCAAUACAUACACAAGAAAAAGGUACUCACCAGAGCUUGGUAAUGUGCUAUUUGGUAGUACCAAGUUUGGGUUUUUGUUUUCUAUUGAUUCCUUCGUGGCUUCAUUUUACGCCAAGGGAUUGAAACAGAAAACUGAUCAGUUUGUCGCUCAUCUUUGGGGACAAAUCAACUACAGAGAUGGAGGGUUCUAUCAAACAGAGUUCAUUACUGAAAGUAUCGCUUUCAUACAAUUUAUCUUAAAGCCAAUAUACAAGGUUUUCACUCAAACGUUAUCAGCUUCCGAAGACAGUUUAAGAAGAAUCAUUGAGACGCAUUUCCAUGUAAGACUUUCUGAUGAACUAUUAGCCAAGGAUCCACAACCAUUGUUGUAUGGUGUGUUUCAUGCUAUUCUUCCACACUAUACGUGCUUUAUUGAUGCUAUAGAACAUUUGAAUCGUGAACGUGUGGUGGGUAUCACCUCUACAAAUGCCGACAGCGAUACAGGAACUACUACUAUUCAAGUGCUAAGGCAUAUGGAUCACGAGGGUUCGAGUUGGUCAUUGUGUCGAGUAAUAGCUGGGUCAGUGAAAAGGGGGAAUAAGCUUUUCAUAUUCAAUGAAGCAGUUGAAAGCGUCGAUGCCAGCGAGGAAAACGAACACUCCAAGAUCACGGUAGAAAAAAUUGCAUUAUUGGGUGGACGUUACGUUUAUGAGAUCAAAGAAGCUCACAAGGGCCAAAUUGUUCUUCUGAAGGGUCUCGAAGAUCAAUACACAAAGUAUGCAACAUUGUCCAGCGUGAUCGAGACACCAUUACCACCUAUUGAUUUCUUAAAUGAGUCGGUGUUCAAAUUGGCUCUUCAACCUCAAAAGCCAAGCGAACUUCCAAGACUAUUGAAGGGGCUACAGAAGGCCAAUUACAUGUAUCCUGCGUUAGUGGUUAGAGUGGAAGAGAGUGGUGAAUGUAUCAUUAUGGGUACUGGGGAACUCUAUCUCGAUUGCGUAAUGGAGGAACUCAGACACACCUUCAGCGAGAUCGAAAUCAAGGUAAGUCCUCCGCUCGUACAAUUUGCAGAGAGCUGCGACACCGAAUCAUUUGCAUCGAUACCAGUGAGCUCAAAUAACAACAUAGUAUCGAUCAGUGUUAUGGCUGAGAAACUAGAUGGUAAGAUUGUUCGUGAUCUAACGCACGGAGAGAUAAGCCCUGCGGAAUUGAACGACGCCAGAAAGUUUUCAAAGAGACUCAGAACAGAGUAUGGCUGGGAUUCUUUAGCAGCCAGAAACUGCUGGGGUCUCUCACAAUGUAACGUAUUCAUAGAUGAUACUUUGCCAGAGGAGACGGACAAAAAGCUGCUAAAACAGUUCCGUCCGUACAUUCUUCAAGGGUUCGAAUGGGCCGUCAAAGAGGGCCCAUUGGCAGACGAACGGAUCCACGCGUGCCAGUUCAAACUUCUAGAGUUCAAACUCCAAAAGGAUAAACUAGACGACUUCAUCCCGUCCCAGCUAGUGCCAAUGACACGAAAGGCCUGCUACAUAGCACUAAUGACCGCAACACCCAUAAUCAUGGAACCCAUCUACGAAGUAGACAUUAUAGUCUCUGGAGUGUUGGAAACCGUGGUAGAGGGCCUCAUCAAGAGACGCAGAGGAGGCAGAAUAUACAAGACCGAAAAGAUACUCGCGUCACCAUUCAUCGAGAUUAAAGCACAGCUGCCUGUGAUCGAGUCUGUUGGGUUCGAAACUGACUUGAGAGUCGCAACCACGGGCGCCGGAAUGUGCCAGAUGCACUUCUGGAACAAGAUAUGGAGGAAAGUCCCAGGAGACGUGCUAGACGAAGAAGCGUUCAUUCCAAAAUUGAAGCCAGCACCCAAUGCAAGCCUAAGUAGAGACUUUGUCAUGAAGACAAGACGUAGAAAGGGCUUGUCAGAGAGUGGUCACGUGGUACAAGAUGGUCCGUCACUAAAGUCUUAUAUCGACAACGAAUUAUAUGAGAAACUAAAACAGAAAGGGUUGGUGUGA